AUAUUGCAGAACUUGUCAUUCCAUCGAACCACGGAUCCAACGAACGAUCAGAGAAAUACAUAAAACACUCUAAAAUGGAUGCACCUGUUGAUAUAAAACCCGAAAACACAUCCACAGAGCCUCAGGUUCAACAGAAUGGUGAAGAAAAACAACAUCCUGCAGAAGUUGAUAACCAAAUUCCUACUGAUGUUCCUAAGCCUCAAACGAUUGAGAAAAAAAGCAAAAAGACCAAAGAAGAGAAGAGGAAUAAAGAAGAAGAAAAGAGAAUAAAGCUUUUAUUAAGGGCUUUUGAUAACGUUGAAACCCCAGAAGCAAAAGUUGAAGCAAUCGCAAGGAAAUACGUACAACUGGCUGCAGAAAAUAAAUUAGUUGAGCAUAAAAAAGAUGAUUUGGAGGCGAAAAAUGAAAAGCUGACAAAGGAGAGAGAUGUGCUGCAAUCAGACUACAACAAAGCUACCCUGGCAAAAAGUAAACUGGAAAGUUUGUGUAGGGAAUUACAAAAGCACAGUAAACUCGUAAAGGAGGAAUGCCAGCUAAGAACACAGGAAGAAGAAGCCAAAAGAAAAGAAUUAUCAGACAAAUUUCAAACAACUAUCAAUGAUAUUUCACAACAAAUGCAAGAGAACUUCAAGAGGAAUGAACAACUGAAAAUAGAAAAUGAAGAAUUGGCUACGAAACUGAAAGGACUUGUUGAUCAGUAUGAAUCCAGAGAACAGCAUGUUGACAAGAUUGUUCAGCACAAACAGCUGGAGCUCCAACUAGCUGAGGCCAAGAUGGCACAGCAAAAUCUACAAUUUACUGAACAGAAAGAAAAGUCACUGAUGGAAAAACAAGAGCUUCUUCAAGAUUCUCUCGAUUACAGAAAGAGAUUUGAAAUCAUGGUCAAACAAGAGAAAGAACUGAAAGCUCAGUUGGCACUAUAUACCGAACGCUUCGAUGAGUUCCAGAUUACCUUGACUAAGAGCAAUGAAAUGUUCCAAACAUUUAAGACAGAAAUGGACAAGAUGACCAAAACCAUUAAAAAGCUAGAAAAGGAGAAUAAAACACUAAAAUCACGAUAUGAGAACACUAACAGGUCACUUCUGGCGAUGCUGGAAGAGAGAGGCAACAUGGAAAAAGAAAUUAUUUCAUUGAAAGGGAAAAACUCGAAGCUAGAAAACCUUUGCCGAGCAAUGCAGAAAGGCUUCCUCCCGACCAAGGAGGAAGCACCUUCUAGCCUCUCACAAAAUACUUCCGAUUCUUCAAAACCACCUACUUGUAAAAUUUUGAGUGAAAGUAAACCAGAACCAAAGCAAACGACGACAAAAGAAUCAGAGUCGCCUGAAGUUUUGGAAAUACCGACGCCAAAAGUAACAACAAAUGACGAAGAAACCACAAGAAUGAAAGAAUCAGAAGUAUCAGAAACAACAAAUGCUGAGUCUAGGGAUUCUGUUGCAAACAGUGACGAAACGAAACAACAAGAAGAUAACAUUGAGGCUUCUGGAAGUACAGAAGUUGAAGAAAGUGGAGAAAAAAUUAGUAUUUCUGAGUCAAAUCCUGUACCGCAAAUGCCGGAAGAAGACGAAGACAAAGUUGAGCCUUCUGGAAGUACAGAAGUUGAAGAAAGCGGAGAAAAAAUUAGUAUUUCUGAGUCGAAUCCUGUACCGCAAAUGCCGAAAGAAAACGAAGACAAAGUUGAGCCUUCUGGAAGUGCAGAAGUUGAAGAAAGCGGAGAAAAAAUUAGUAUUUCUGAGUCGAAUCCUGUACAAAUGGAGUCAACUACCGAAAACAACGAUACGACAUCGACAUCGGAAGAAAAAGAUGAAUAGAAAUAGUUCCAUUUUAUCAGGCUAAUAGAAGUUUGCUUCUUAAGAAAGUUUGAGUUAAGGUUUUGGAUUUUUGUAAGAAAUAAACUUGACAUUAAAGUCUCAAGCUGUC